CACAUUGAUACGUAUCUAUUCUACAUUUCUAUUAUUUCUAUUAUUUCACACACACACACAAAAGAGAAAGAAAAUAAAGAAAAAAAACAAGAAAAAAAAAUAAUCUGUCAUAGUUACUCAUCUCUUCAUUCAUUCUUAUUAUAAAUUAUUGAAUGUAUAACAAUUGUGACAGAGUAUUUAAACCAUAGAAAUAUAGAUCAGUUCACCAUUGAAUUAAUUCACUUCAUUAAAUAGUAUUCGUUCAGCAGCAGCAGCAGCAGCAGCAACAACAACAACAACAACCACAAGAAAAAAUCAGUUCAUUUUAUUAUUUUGAAAGUAAAGCACAACUCAAGUUCUUUUCUCUUUUCUUUCUUUUGUUUCUUUGUUUUUGAAUUUUGUUUAUUUUGUUUUUAUUGUUGAUUUUUUGUUCUUGUUGGUGAACUAUAUUGAUAUUUUCAUUAUAAAAAGAAGAAAAAAACAGAAAAUUAAUAAUAAGAAAACACGGUGAUAUAAACAAAAAGAAAGAAAGAAAAAAGAAAGAAAAAAAGAAAGAAUAAUGUUUCAUCAAAAAUCUACAAUUAUUAUAAUAAACCAAUAUAUUUUAAUCAUUGGAAUUGUUUUAAUGGUUAGCGAUCAAAUUAAUGGGUUAGCAUUACAUAAUGAUGGAUUACUUUUGAAAGAUUUAAAGUUUACAAGACCAUGCCCGGAAAAAAAUUAUCAAUUUCAUAAUGCUACUGGAAAUUUUAUGUGCGUUGUACCAACAGCUAAAAAAUGUUUUGAAUUAUGUCAAGAAUUAGGUUGUAAUGAAUGGUAUUUCAUGAGUUUUGUACCAUCUGGUAGUGAAGAAAUUAAAAAAUAUCAUCGUUGUCGAUGUUUCCCGGAAUAUCAUAUGUGUUUUUAUAAUUCAGUACCAAGAAGAUAUCGUGAUUUUGAAUAAUUCUCAUUUCUUUUAUUAUAUAAUCAUUUUGUUUCUGUGUGUGUGUGUGUGUGUGUGUGUGUGUGUGUGUGUGUGUCUGUGUGUGUGUGUGUGUGUGUGUGUGUGUGUGUGUACUUGUAUCUGUGUUAAUUGGAAAAAAAAAGAACUUGAAAGCAUUUAUUAGUUAAACUAAUUAAUGAAUAAAUAAAUAAUGAUACUACUAAUAAUGAAAUCUUUAAUCCCUUUCAUUUUAACUGUGAUGUAACUGAUAUAAAAACUUUCAUGUAUGUUACAAUCAAUUCAUUAUUUCAUUCCAAUGAACCAUUAUUGUCAGAUAUCAGUUUAACUGAACUCACUUCUAUAUAUAAAUAUAUGAAGAUCAAAAUAUACUAUUCAAGUUAUAAACUCUUUUUCUAUUUCAUUAUCUAUUCUUGUUGUUUA